AUGUCUACAUUCAACGUUAACAUCGCUCACGUUAACACCUCCCAAAGUGUCCCUGUUAGCACGCCCAGAUUACCCCAAUCCGCUGGAAACUCUUCUGGUGCUGGUGCCACAACAUAUGUAGUGGCGCCACAGGCGACAUCGUCGUCAAAAUAUGACCCCCAACCUUGGACUGAUAUUUUGUCGUUGGUGGGACCUACCCCACGAGACAUCUUGGAGAUAUACUAUGCAAAGUUCUCGAGUCAUACCGUCGACGUUGGAAAAGCGGCACCCAGCGAGGAGUCCACCAACCUCAUCCGUUCGCCAGUAGAUGUGCUUUUAGGGUUUCCACAAUCCGGCAGCGGAGAUGUGUCCCAACGUCAUGACAAUUUUCAUCGUACAACCUCUGGUUCCGUGGCGAAGGAGUCCGAGUCGAUUGUGGACCGUCUUGUCGUGGUUAGCCUGGCCACUGGAACGGUAGACCCAGCCGUUCUCAUUCGCACGUCACGCCGCUCCCGAGAGAAGCGUUCACAGGGCGUGAUGCGGAGCCAGGCGGCGUCAGACAGACAUCACCCUUACAACGUGGCGAAUAGGCCGUCCAGGAUAGCUGUACCGAGAAACAGUGGUAACGAAGAUGCAAACACUUUCUGUCGUCCAUCCGGAGAGACAGAAAACACACAAUUUAGGACUUCCCAGCACCGGGAACAACACCACAGGCACGGCUCCGGGAAUGAUAUUCCCGUUGAGCAGAUGCCUCUGACGGCACCGAACCCAAACGAAGAUGGAAGGGAUUCGGAGAUGAGGGGGUCAACCGGAGAUGGGGAUAGUGGGGAGACUGAACAGCCGCCGCGAAAAAUGCAGGGUCAUAGAAGUGAUAGAGACCCUUGCUUUAGAACCCGGGAGGAGAUUUGCUCCCAGGGCAAGGCGGGUGUAGGGAAAAGGAAGAGGCAAAAGCGGUGA